AUGCCACAGCUAGGUGCUUUAAUCGAACACUUGGCCAGUGCUGCGAAUUUCAGUGAUGUGGAACUGGGAAAAACUCCGAUAAGCGAACGUCGUCAAAUCAUAAUGCGUUUAAUUUAUGUGGUUUUUGUUCAGUGUGCAUCGCAUAGUUGGCAACGCAAGAGUGCGAAAAAAGCGAGCGAAACGAAGGCUGACACAGUCCUGCAGGAAAAGCGCAGUAGUUGUGGGGCUGCCGUGGCUAAAACGAAUGCAGAUGAUGCACCACCGUCUAGUAGUGGUGGUGAUGGUGCUAAUCUGGAAGCGCAUGAGCUUGAAGCGAAUGAGGGAGAUAAUGGAGCAGAUGAAGGGGUUGCUGAGGGCGGUGAUCCAGAAAUUGCGGAUGCAGACGAGGGCGACGCUGAGCCGGAUGAGGAAUCUGAUCUGGAACAAGCAGAAGUUGCUGAAUCGGGUACCGGUGAGGAGGCAUCGUCUAGCCGAGACGCAACACCGCAGCAAGGUUUAGCUUCGCGACAGGGGGACACGGGGACAUCCACGGCAAGUCCCAGUAAUUUGAAAAGUGAAGAACAUGAUGCGACUGCGCCGUUGACCUAUCUGCCACAAAUCGUUCUGGCUUUGAAAACUGCUGAUAUCCUGGUAUCUGCUGGUGCAGUUGAAUGGUGCUACUCUGUUUUGGAAUCGCUCAAAAAAGAAUGGGCGACAGAAACGAUAUCUUCUCGACAGUACGUGCAGCAAUUGUCUGCGGCUCCUCCGGAACUGCAGCCGAACCUAGCCCCAUUAUUCAAUGCGCAGGCGGUUAAU